UGGGAGUUUCUGCGUGCCAAUUUGACCCAGGUACAGAUUGAGCCUGGAAGCAAUUGUCGCGCAAGCUUUACAAUUGAUCCUAACCAUCCAACCGACCCAAUUUCACCACACGUACAGUCCCACACAAACUUCCCUCCGACAAUCACCUCAUCACCUUUCACCUUGCGAUCUCUACACUCUCCAUCUUCAACCGCGCGCAACCAAGCACGACAUACAUCCAACCAUGACCUCAACCACCAGCCCCUCCGCCCUAACAACCCUCAUCACCUCCACAUCACCAACAACAUCACCAUCACCAUCGUCCUCAAACCCCACCACAACCACACCCCCAAGUCCCAACCUCAACCUCAACCCCAACCUCAACCCCAAAACCUCCGCCCUCACCCUGCAAGUCCUCCACAACCUCCAACACCAACACCUCUGGACCUCGCUCCAAGUCCACGAACUUCCUUCCACUGUCCCUGCUGCCGCCGCCGCAUCCACCGAAUCCGAUUCACCCAACCAGAUCAACCUCAUCUCCGGAAUCCCACCGCAUCGGCUCUACACCCACCCGGACGAACAAUUUUACCUCCUCGAGCGCGGGCUCCGCGAGGAGGACCUCGAGCUCGAACGCAUGUUCGUCCUCCCCACCGUGCAGGGCCACACGUGGAGUCUCCGGCGGUUGGCCGGGGUGUUUGAUGCGCUUCCGGGGCUAGAGGAUUCUGGGGAUGGAGAGGGAGAGGAUGAUGAUAGAACCAACAGCAGCAGCAAGGCGGACAAGUUGAAGGAGUAUUACGCGUAUCGAAAACAGGCCCGUGUCACGAGGGAGUGGGGUGGGAAGAGGAUGCUUCUCGCCAUGGUGGAUAGGCAGAUGGGUGGGGAUAGUACGGUGGUCUACUAUGUUGUGCAGGAUGGCGCGGUGAAGCCGAGACAGAAUUGA